AGUUCUGAAGGACCCCAGACCUUCGCCUGGACAGAGCCGAUGCGAUGGAAGGAGAUCAGCCCCCUCUGACUGCAGAGCUGACAACCCCUUCCCUGAAGAAGGCUCACACGCCACCUGUCCAUGAGGAAGCCAACACCGUGGUCAUCGCAGUUGUCAUCACGCUGGUGUUCCUCACCCUGCUGACGGUCCUGGUGGUGAUCAUCGUCUACCUGUACAGAAACAAAGGCAGCUACCUCACCUACGAGCAGCCGGUGGCGGAGACCGACGUGUCGGUGCAGAUGGAGGAUGCUCCAUCCAAAGAGAAAGAAGAGUAUUUUAUCUAAGCCCCCGGCGCCCGCACACACCUCCCCGCCGCGCUCGGGCCCGAGCUGCCUCAAUUCCCUCGAGGUGGGGAUCUACAAGCUACUUUUUUUUUUUUUUUCUUAAUUUAUUAAGCCAACCAUGGAAGGAAAAAUAAAUAGGUGUGUGUCCGAGCUUUGCCCAUGGCUGCCCGGAGCAGGCCGAGGGCAGGCGGCGCUUCAGCUCGGCGGAGGAGAGCAGGCACGGCCGCCCGCACCCACCCGACCUCCUCCCUCCGGUGCUUUCUAAUACAGCCCAGAGACAAACGCGUGCAGAGUCGCUGUUUUCUUUUCCUUAUCUCAGAAAACAAUUACGUUAUUCUGCUGAUGAUUUAGGGGAGGGGUCAUUCGCGUGGCUCAUUCGGAGGCUAAGGUUAAGCGUGCGUGGUAAAUAGGCUGAUGGAUCCUGCAAGUUACAGAAAGCCCCAUUGUAGCCAUCAAACCCCGGGGGAAGCUCGUCCCGGCCCCGAGAAGCGCCUGACCUCGCAGGGCCCGGGGAAAUCAAGAAGCGGAACAGGUUUUGCUUCGUCUGCAGAGGCGGCUCCAGCACCCACACGUAGGCUCAGGCAGGCGGAGACCCGAGUUUUCCUCUACUUUUGCCCCCCGCACACGGAGGGGCCGAGGAGCAGCUCCAGGCACCCCUCGCCCGCCUCGAGGGCGGCUCCUCCUUUAAAUCACCCCCCCCCAAUCCCCAACCCAAAGAGGAAGUUCGCAAAAUAGCAGCAAAGAGGAAAUAACUGGAGAAACCCUAAGGCUUGCGAUGGGCAGGAGCCAAGGGGUUUUAUUUGAGGUCUGAUGCAAAUCUGCUACUUUAUUCAAAUUUUCAAAAUAGUCUUUAUUCUACUUUUUUUUUUUUUAGUAUAAAAAAAUCCACAAGUUAAGUGCACCACAGUGUAUACAGAGAGAGACGUAAUGCUGAACUUCCAUAACAGUCAGUUGUAUGGUUAAACACAACAUAUACAAGACACAGAUUUAGAGUAAACUGAAACCUCAAGAUAAAAUAUAUUUGAAUCUGAUAUUUUUCUUCAUAAAACAAAACAAAAACCAAAACAUUGAGGAUCCCUGAAAUAUUCUUCUUAACCCUAAUAAGACUUCAUUAUACCCAAGUCAUUUUUGAAGUAUGCGUUCAUAAAACAACCCAUUAACCAAGCUAAUUUGCGUGGUGAUUGACAGUUGCUACACACCCUCGUACAGAUGGUAACCAGCCUCUCUGUUCGAACCACAGCCUGAAGGAGUUUUGGUGUCAAGACACCAGGUUGAGUUCAAAAAAAUAAAACCAAAAGAAAAAAAAAAGAAGUUUGUUUAUUAAGCAUCGUUCUAAAAGCCUAGUUAGCAUCGAAUGAAAUGUUCAAA